AUGGGGCAGAAGCAUACGUUGUUUUUUGCUGCAGGGGAAGGCAGAAAGGACGGUCUGAGAUGGGUGUUGUAUGAUAAGAAAGUGUCGCCAAAUUUGCGAGAUCACACGACACAAGAGGUAGCGUUGCAUCUAGCAGCCUCCAAAGGUCAUGUUGAAUGUGUUAAGUUGUUGUUAAAAGCUG